AUGCCUCUGAGCCCAGCAAGAACGAUACGUGUCAAGGCACAGAAGCAAAAUGAACAAAUUCGUUCCCCCCGUCUUUCAAGUGAGGAUAAAAAACGCAUUCGUGAGGCGAAAGAAAACAAGUCAUCCGUUUCAUUGUGGCUUGCGGUCUUCAUGAUGUUUGUUGUUUUUGGAUCAACAAUUGUGCACAUAUACCUUAAUAUUGUGUCAUCGCCAAGGCGUGGGUGA